AUGCUUCCGAGUGAUGAUCAAGAGUUCCAACGACUCCAAAAGCAACACCGCGCUUUCGUGAUGACCGCUGGAGGCUUAACGCCUUGUCAGAACGUGGUCGAGAGUAUACUCCGUCCGUCUGGUGAAGGCGAACCCCGCUCUGUGCUUGAUCUUGGCUGUGGCUCCGGUAUCUGGGCCAUAGAGAUGGCGAAAGAGUAUCCCAACGCUUCAGUCGUGGCACUUGAUCUCGCCCCGGUACCGCUUGACCCGGAAAAAUUACCUCCGAACUGUCGGUUCGUGGUUGAGGAUAUCAACCUGGGUCUCUCACAUUACCAUGGCGAGUCUGGGUUCGACGUUAUUCACGCGCGAUGCAUUGGCAGUGGGAUAAAUAACUAUGCAGCCAUGAUGCAAGACGUCGAGGCGUGUCUCAAGCCCGGUGGCCUUGUAAUCUUUAUUGAUGGCGACAUGCGGAUUUACAUGGAAGAUGGUGUGACACCUGUUCCUAUCGGUCAAGAGGAUGAGAAUGGUGUGGAGAUUGGCGAAGGAUCUUGGUUGCACAGAAUUGCACGCGAAGUCAGAUAUGCGGCCAUUUACAAGGGCAGCGACGUGUUUGGCUUGGAAGAUUGUAUUGAUCUCGGCCUCUUUGGUCACCCACUUCUGGAGCCAUCCUCGAUCUGUAAUGCUGCACUUUAUACACCUAUUGGCCCAUGGCCUGAGUCACCUGAUGCGUUGGAGCAACAAGAACUUCGCUAUGCAGGUACCUUAUUGCAACAGGACCUUAUGCAAGUCUCUCGCGCAUGGACUCCUCUCCUCAAACUAUAUGGGAUCAACCAAGAGACUCUUGAUCGCUGGUCGGAGCGGAUCCAAAAGGAGUUACUUACAUGCAAGUUCAAGAUGCUCUGGCGUUGGAGGGUCACUUGGGGUCAGCGGAAAGUCGAAAGUCUUGGCAGGGAGUCGGCUGAUGCCCCAUCAUCUGACAAGAGAAAGAGUUCUUCUGCUUCACCCAAGUCGCCUCAUGCACAUAAUUUCUUCAGAACAUUCACAACUGCUCAAGAAGCUGCCGCAUUUCGUAAUCUUCAAGCAGAAAAAGCGACAGAGCUGCCUCUCCCACUGGUGGUCAAGUUGUAUGAAGAAGCUCAUAGUACAGUCUAG